UAGUGUUAAAUUGAAGUGAAAAAUAGUAAUAAACGACAAUUGUGAACUACAAAUAUAUUGAAUGCAGAAUCCAGUUCGAGCUUUGCGGAAUUUAUUACAAUAAAGAUUAUUGAUUCGAGAAUAUCAAGUAUAUAUAUGCACACAACCAUUGAUGGUGUUUUUGAAAAGGCGGGAAGUGCCGAAGAUUGACGAGAUGUGUCGACUCAUCGUUCGAUGUAUCGUUCGAUGGACCACGUGCCAUCUGACUAUAGCGUUGUAGGUCACUACGGCGAGACGAUCGCGACGGUUGUUGGCAUUUGACAGUUGUUUUUGAUCAAUCGCGGUGAACGCUACGUACUUAUCUGCAUAACAUCAUGUUGAAAACAGUACUGUACAGCGUUUAUACGACGAGCGGCAUCGCCCUGAUAUUUCUCUUUGUGAUGGUUUGUGCCUUGAGCGAGAAAGUGAGAUAUCGAGCGAAAUUCAUCUUCUUCAUAGUAGGGAGCGCGCUAGCAGCAGGAUUAUGGAUACCGUUCAUGCUGUUCCGAAUUCGUAGCUGGAAAAAUGCACUAAUGCCAGCCAGAUGUGUAGUAACAAUAGCGAAAAUAAUCGGAAUCAAAUUCCGUUUUCGCGGUAAAGAGAACAUCCUCAAAGAUUCAGGUUGUGUCGUGCUCAUUAAUCAUCAGAGUUCACUAGAUCUUUGUGUUUUAGGUGAAUUAUGGUUAGCGAUGGAGAAUUGCACAGUUAUUUCUAAAAAAGAGAUUUUGUAUCUUGGACCAUUCGGUCUCGCGAGUUGGCUUUGGGGAACAGUAUUCAUUGACAGAAAAAACGUCGAAGAAGCCCAACGAAUUAUUAACGAUACAGCGGAAUCUAUUCGUUUAGCAAAGCGGAGACUUCUUCUAUUUCCCGAAGGACAUCGACAUUCGGGUAAUUCGUUGCUUCCUUUUAAGAAAGGUGCUUUUCAUGUCGCAAUUGAAUCCCAAAUGCCGAUUCAACCUGUUGUUGUGUCAAAGUACUAUUUUUUAGAUGGCAAAUUAAAAAGAUUUUAUUCAGGUACUAGUUAUAUUACAGUCUUACCGCCUAUUCCUACCGCGGGUUUGACUAAAAACGAUCUUCCAAAACUUAUGGAACAAGUGUACGAAGUUAUGAACAAAACUUUUGUAGAAUCUACGACGGAAUGUCUCGAAGAACAAAUACAAAGUUUUAAGCGUGAGUAAUAAGAAUGAUGUGGAAUGAUUAGCAUCCGAAAUGUAAUCUGAAUCAGUUGGUGAAUUUGCAAUUGACGAAUUCGCAAGAUGAUACCCGUAGAUUGAUGCAGGAAGAUUACAUGUAGGAAUGACUUGCAUUGUGUUAACAAUUUUCAUGGGCGUGGUCUUUUUCAGUACGUUCUUUCGCAUAUAUUUAUGUAGAAAAUUUAGCUCUUAAUUUAGUAAGAUUUAUUUAGAGUUUUAUAUGUCACGGUUCCGGCGAUUGAUUAAUGAUAAAAUUAUUUCUCUUGGCUUUACUAUAAUAACGAUAUAAAUGUAAGAUAUGUCAUAUCAAUCACAUUGUUCUUCCAUUACUUUCUAUACGAGUUUAUUUUUAACAAUAAAUAUCAUCGCGAAGAAAAAUUUUUUGCAAAACUCAAACGAUCAUCAAUUUGUACUUUUUAUAGCUCUCGCAGAAAAAUAAUUUAUAUAAUUGAGAUUUUCUCUUGAUUUCUAAGUUCUAUAAUAUCGUGCAAAAUAUGACGUAUAUUUCUAAUGGACAUGGAAAAUUGUACAGCAAUAGCUGUAAAAUCAUACAAUGUGUAUAAAUCAUCCUAUAUAUUUAUGUAUUCCAACGUGUACAUAUAUUAUAUUAUAUUAUAUGA